AUGGCAGCAGAAGGGAUUCAGUCCGUGCUGUCGACGCGCUUUGCGGAAGCAGAAGGCGAGCUGCGGAAGUCCUUGGAUCAGAUCCAGCUCCAGGUGCAGCAGCUCCAGAGUGGCAUCGAGUCGGACCUUCUUCGGCUCCACGAGAGUCCGUCCGAGGAGCUGCAGGACUCGUCUGCAAACCAUGGCAACGAGUCGAACGAAAUAAACGGUUUUAGCGGUGAAGAACUAGCGGAUACCUGGCUUCUCGAAGACGACGUCCAGCAGCUACCAGGCGAAGAAGGCUUUGGAAAGGUGCUUCCUGUGGGAGCUUUGGUUUUGCAGCAGACGGCCGAGAUUCAGAAUGGGAGGUCGGCGAAAUUGAAUCUGCGCCUGAACCACCAUCUCAUGGAACUUUCCAUGAAAGCUGGAGAGGCCGUUGGAAACUCCGGGAGGGAACGAUGGAGGAAUGCACUCGAGAUCACUCGCACAAGGUCUUCGACAAAGACUUACAGUAGUGAGUUCGAGCGGUGUGAGUCUUGCACCAUCAUCCCUCCCAAUUCCAAGUUUCGGAUUGCUUGGGACAUGGCGAGUGCCGGCAUGAUCCUGAUGGACGCCUUCCUCCUCCCCAUAUGCCUAGCGUGGAACCUCACGCUGACGCCUUUUCCAACUCCCAAUGUUGCCACCCACGUUGGCCUGCAUGUCUUUGCAUCGGUUUCUUUAGUUUUCUGGCCGAUUGACAUUUAUUUGAGUUUUACCACUGGCUUCUUCGUGCAAGGCGUCCUUCAGACAGCGCGUUCCGCGAUCGCCUCGCGGUACCUGCACACAUGGUUCAUCUUUGACCUUGGCCUGGUGGCGAUCGACGUUUCGGCCGGGUUCAUGAUGCUACUCGAGGAGGAGAACCAGUCUCAAGAAUUUCUGCAAUCCCUUCGCUCAGCCCGGUAUCUUCGUCUGUUGCGAACGCUUCGCAUUCUCCGGCUGUUGAAGGCCGGAAAGAUCAACUUGUUGCUGGAGAACCUCGUGAUCUCUACUGGCCGCCAGUGGCUCAUCCUUGCCUUCACAGUUGGGCGCAUGUUGCUGGCCAUUGGGAUGAUUGCCCACAUUAUGGCCUGCAUCUGGUAUGGCCUCGGGAAGGCGGUUUCCGAGACGAGUGACCUCGACAGUUGGAUCGAGCUGGCUUUAAUCACGAACUCUACCGGGUACGUGCAGUAUGUCCAUUCCAUCGGAUGGAUUCUGUUGCCUCCAGCGCCGCCCACACUGGAACCAGACAGUGGCUUAGAGCACUUUGUUUCCCUGAUGCUUUUUGUGACGACAGUUUUGGUGAUUGGAUCUGCGCUGUCCAUCUUGACCGGAACUCUCCAAGAGAUUCGCCAGGUUAACAACGAACGCAGCAGAAAGCGCCGCGAGUUGCGCAUUUUUCUCCAGACCAAAUCCGUCCCAACAGAGCUUCUCAUGCGCAUCAUGAGCUAUGCAGACUACAAGAUGGCGCGGCAGUCUCCGAUUGUGUAUGACAGCGCCCUCAUCUCGCCGAUGUUGCAAGCAGAGCUUGCCACCUUCCAAUUCGGAAGCAACCUGACCGAGCAUCCUUUCUUCUCGCUCACAGCCAGCAUCUUCCCGACAAUCUUCGCGGACUUCUGCAGCGCAUUGCAGAAACGUUUCUACAGCGAGGCUGAGUCCGUCUUCAGUAUGGGCUCAAUCGCUGAGAUGAUGUACGUCACAAGCCAUGGCGAGUAUGCCUUAGGUGUCGACGAAGGCAGCAAGCAAGUGGUCCGUUUCUCGGGUGCCCACCGCUACUUCGCGGAGGUCGCACUUUAUGCAGAAGCUGUGAUGCACGUGUGUACUCUCACCGCUGAGUCCUUCGCUGAAGUUUUUGUGCUUUCUUCAACCUCACUGGCGAGUCUGCUGGCCAACUCGCCAAUGUGUACGACCAUGUUUAUCGAGUAUGCCAACGAGUACAUUUCGCAAUAUGCCGAAGCAACUCGGGAGCUGUGGGUUUCGGAUAUCCUGGACCUUGACAUUGGAUGUGCUCAGAGAGCAUGCCAUGUCAACUCGUUCUACAUGGACAUGAAUGUUGAUGAGCGAAAGAUCCUCAGGGUGAUAGACCUGACCGAGCUGCAGGACUCCCGCGCCUUGCUGCCGAUGGACUUCAUGCACUGGAUAUUGGAGUCAGCCGACAAGCCGUCGCCGCAGGAGAUCCUCGACAAGUUGCGCACCGCUUUCGUGGAGCUCGACCCGACUCACGGCCUUCACGCCAGGUUCGGAGAGAUGAAGGAGCAGGAAAGGGCGGAGUCCUCGAUCUUGAGCCUUCUGGCUUUGGUACGCAACGAUUACGAGGCUUUCGCUGCACCACAGAAGGCGGAAGUUCGCUUGACCAAAUCGCAGUGGCAACAGCUUCAAGGCGUCCUCUCGUGGGCAGCUCCUCAAAAGCAGAGCUUGCUGGCCGUUAUUUGGCUGCUGGCGGUGCGCCCUGUGGGCAAAUACAGGCCAAUCGUUCGCCAGCUGCCCGCGAAACAUCAGCGCCCGGAGCAAGCUGUGCGCUACAUUCUGGCUGCAUAUCCGGAUGCAACCCCAUCGGGGGCCACUCUGUCAGCGGAUAUACGGACCUAUGUGACCCAGACGCUGGACCUGCAAGUGUGCUUCAACUUUGCGCAAAUGCUUCAGGGUGAGAAUGUGCCAGCCAACCUGCUUCAGCUCAAGGACUUCAUUCGAGAUUCUGGUAGUGAAGAAGGUCUGCAAUUUUAUGUACUCUUUCUGCUGGGAUUCAUGUCCGGCUUGGCCGGUGGGCAGGGCUCCCGCUUCAUGACUCGGACAAACGCCAACGCAACAAUCCCUGGGCUUUCGGUCAUCAAGAGGGUGCUGGAGAAGGACCCUGCGAAACUGUACUGGACCUUCCUCCACAACCGUGGAGUUCAACUGGGGCGGAUGCCUCGCAAUACGGCAGACUUGGCAGUGGUGCGGUUUGCAUGCUUAUGCCGCGCUCAAUCUGUGAAGGACCUCGAAGAGCUCCAGAAGUCCUGGAGUGGUCUGGAGUGCUCGGAGCAGAGGGUGCUGCUGCAACACUUCCUGGCAGAUGGGAUCGAGAAUCGGGCCGUGGUCUUCGAGUUCCUUCCGCUGUGCUUGGAGCGUGCAAAGGCGAAUGCCUUCGUGACCAUCCCUGCGCUCUUGAAGGUCCUCGUCGAGCUCGUGCGCGCAGUUCAUGCGACAUACACAGGCUCAGGCAUGAUCCUGGCUGUGGACCUGGCUGACCUGGCAGCUUUCAUCCUGAUGGUGCAAAACAGCUACAUUUUCCAGACGUGCUUGUCAAGGGCAAGGCUCCGCUUAGCGGAUGAUCGAUUCUCUCUGGAGGUGCAGCAGGAGAACUGGCGCCGGGUACAAGAAUCCCACACGGAUGUCAUCAUGUUGGCAAACUCCGUACGUGAGCUGGUUCAGAAGCAGAGGCACAGCGAGGAGACUGGCGAGCCUCCCUCCGGACAUGAGCUUCACAUACAUGCCGUGAAGAGCUGCCAGUUCUAG